AUGCCUCCAUUGUCAUCCAAUCCCUGGGAAGAAUUGACUAAUGACCGGGAUAGUGUAAAAUUCUUCCAAUGCUAUCGACAACAGGCGCAUCCAUACAUGCCGGACGUUCUUGGAAUUGAUGAGUUCGAGCGCGAGCUGUGUACUUUUCUUGAGGAGCCAACGAGAGACAUGCAAAGUGGUUUCAGGACGGGAAAGCCCUUUGAUUGGCUUGGUCUCCUAUUCGCGAUUUUGGCCUUUGGUGUGCAGGUCUCCGAUCUUAGCUACAAGGAGCGCAUCCGGCUCUCGCAAGCUUUCAGUAAGCCCCACAGGAUCCGGAUGAAUGGUUUCCGUCCUACCAUUGCUCACCCGUGA